CGCGUUCGACCCCGAGCGUUAGGCCGUCGAUUGCUCUUCGGAUUCUACACUGAGUUCGAGAGCACAUUACUACGUUGACACAGCAAGCGCCGACGCUCACAAUCAGCUCGCUCGUUCGCCUCACUCUCCGAGAGACUCGGUUACAGUACACUACCAGUGAGCACUGACAGUCGGUCACCGACAACGACGCGGUGAUGUUUACGGUUUGAAAAGUGUUCCGCUCAGUUGAAUUUAGAGUGUCUUUCUUAAUUAUUUAUUGUGUGUACAAGUGACAAUUUCACGUGAUUUUAUUUAAAAAAAUAAAUUUUGUGCUGUGGCAAUUUAGUGCUUUUUCUAAGUGACACUUUUGGGAUUAUAAAACAACAAACAAACUUAUAAAGAAUAAAGCAAGUCCUUGAUCUCUAGGAAUAUUGGUGGUGGUUCUUGUCAACGAGUUCAUUCACUAUUUCGAGGGAGGACAAAGACACUUGACGGCCACAAUUACUGGCUGAAAGGAAGCGCUCAAGUUAUCAUCCGGCUAUCAUAUCACAACACCACCCCAAAGUGGGGGUGGUGGUUCGACGUUCAGUGCCGCGGCAAUGGUGGCAGCUGCCACCGCUACGGCCACCGCCACUGCUAGCGUGGUGGCCAUGCAGGACCGCCAAGAUAUCCCCACUCAAUUCAAUCAGAAAUUCUAUAACGAGUCCCCGAAUCUAAUGCGAUUGUCGCAAAUGCAGAGUCAACAUGGAAUGCCCCAUCAAUCGUACGGCUCAGGUUAUGGCCAAAGAGGACCAAUGACGACAAUGGGAUCCAUUGGAAUGAACAAUUACAACAACAUGGGUUCGAUGGCUCCUAUGCACUCUAUGAAUUCUAUGAAUUCGCUAAAUAGCAUGAGUAGCAUGAACUCCAUGAAUCCAAUGUCCAUGGGAGGCAUGAACAUGAACGGCAUGAAUGGAAUGUCCCAAAUGAACUCCAUGAAUUCGAUGAACUCCAUUAACUCAAUGAACUCCAUGAGUAACAUGGGAAACGUUGGAAUGAACAACGUCAUGGGACCCAACACUAUGCAAAUGAAUAAGAUGACCAUGCAGCAGCAGCAACAAUUACAGCAGCAGCAAUUACAACAACAGCAGCAGCAACAACAACAACAACAACAACAAAGUUACCCAAGGAGGCUGACUCCUUACCCAAAUCCCGCAAUGCACAUGGCGCAAAAAAGGCAACAGGGACCAUACGCAACAGCGAAUCCAGCAGCGAUGCAACCCGGAUUCAACAGCAUGCCCGCGAGUCAAGUUCCCCAAUAUCCCAACCAAAUAACCCACCAAACUUACCCUGCCACGAGACCUAAUUUCCAACAGCAAUAUCAACCGGUUCCGGGAAUGAAUUCGCCCACGACUGGUUUUCCUUCCAACCCAAUGAUUAGAACAGCCGGCAUUAGGCAAACUACUCCAACCUAUAAUCCACCAGCUCAAGGGAACCAAUAUUACAACGCCAAUGUACCUGCAAGCAUGGGACCAACAACGGUUGGUAAUCAAUUUGUCGGUCACCCCGGUGGACACCAAACAAAUAGUGGAUAUGGAGCUGCUGCCUCAUCAUAUGUCGCCACCAGUCAGUAUCAACAGGAAGUCUCGCCGAUGAGAACAACACCAGCAGGAAAUAUGAACUACCAACAUAGUCCAAUUCCUGGAAAUCCAACACCACCCCUAACUCCUGCCGCUAGUAUAUCUCCCUACAUUAGUCCAAACUCUGAUAUUAAGCCUAACUUUAACGAACUCAAGCCUUCAGUCAAUAUGCAAAAAGAUGAGUUAAGAUUAACAUUCCCCGUAAGAGACGGCAUUAUUCUUCAACCCUUUAGAUUAGAACACAAUUUGGCAGUGAGCAAUCACGUAUUUCAUCUCAAGUCAACUGUUCAUGAGACACUCAUGUGGCGAUCGGAUCUUGAAUUACAACUCAAGUGUUUCCAUCAUGAGGAUCGACAAAUGAGCACCAAUUGGCCUGGAAGUGUGCAAGUUUCUGUCAAUGCAACCCCACUUAUGAUUGACCGAGGAGAAAACAAAUUGUCCCAUAAGCCACUUUACCUCAAAGAUGUUUGCCAGGGCGGUCGCAACACUGUCCAAAUCACUGUAUCGGCGUGCUGCUGUUCGCAUCUAUUUGUUCUUCAAUUGGUACAUCGACCUAGUGUGCGAAGUGUACUGCAAGGAUUACUACGCAAAAGACUGCUAACGGCCGAGCAUUGUAUAACCAAAAUUAAAAGGAACUUCAACAGCACGAUAACAAACAAUGGAAUUAAAUCGGAAUCAGACGUUGUCGAACAGACAGCAUUAAAGGUGUCGCUGAAGUGUCCGAUUACUUUCAAGCGAAUUACGUUGCCAGCCAGAGGUCACGAAUGCAAACAUGUUCAGUGCUUCGACCUCGAGUCCUAUCUUCAAUUAAAUUGCGAAAGGGGUUCAUGGAGAUGUUCCGUUUGCAUGAAACCAGCUCAACUCGAAGGCUUAGAAGUAGAUCAAUACAUGUGGGGAAUUUUAAAUACGACGUCAAGUACACCUGAGAUCGAAGAAGUGACAAUAGACUCGGCAGCUAAUUGGAAGCCAGCUAAAGUUUUGAAUAGUAUAAAAUCAGAGGAGGAAAAUGACUGCAAGAGAAUGAUAAAAGCAAUGUCGCCGGGAAGUAUGAAUAUGCCAACGAUGAAUAGUUGGGACAUGAAUCAGGCAAUGAGUCCUUACAUACCUCCCGAUAUGAAUAGUAUCGUCAGUGGUUCUAUGAUAAACAAUACGCCAUCUAAUUACGGGAAUAGUAAUAUUAAUCAUCGAAACUCCUCUGGUGGCUCAUACGACAUUAAUUCUGGGUCAAAUACAUCGGGAAAUUCUGAUUAUACAAAUGGCACCGGCCCAUUGAGUCAUUUAAAUGAUUCCGUCAACUCUCUCGAUCCUCUAAAUGCCAUGGAGAAAUCACUUAACGAUCAGAUGCCACAUACACCUCAUACGCCGCACACACCUCACACUCCACACACGCCAGGUGGAGGAAACAGUGGCCCUCCUAGCGUCCCGCCAUCGUCGCAAGAAUCCAACAGUAAUCACAAUACGUCUGGAAAUACCAGUACGAAUAUUAAUAAUGACUCAGCGGAUUUACCUUCGGAUCUAAAUUUCGAUCCAGCUGCAGUCAUCGAUGGCGAAGGAACUGGACAAGAGUCUCUUAAUUUACUACCAGACGAUGUAGUGGACCCCAUGGAAUUGCUCUCCUAUUUGGAUCCUCCGGAUCUAAAUACCCCACCAAGUAGCGGAGCCAGUAGCGGAAAUCCAUCGUCGAGUGACGACAUUUUAGCACUCUUCGAGUAAGAGAAACAAACCGCUGAGGAAUCUAAUCAAAUUAUUACUAUUUCGAGAAAAGAAUGUGGUUUAAAAGAAACGUCUUGAUGACAUCUUUUCACAAAGCAAGCCAAGAGCGAGAAACUUUUAAGAGGGUCAAAUCUCUUUUAUUUAUUUGCUCACGUAUCACCUCUAGAUACAAUAAUAUCAUCAAUAAUUCUAUAAAUUAGAAUCCAGACAAAAAAUCUUCUUUUCAAUUUGUUUUUUUUUGCCAAAGAAAAUUUAGACUAAACAAUCAAAUUUUGAUUUAAAUCAACAUUGCGUACUGGUAACGCAUUUACAAAUUGUUUGAUACAUUUUGCUGGAAGUUACUCUAAUCAAAACUUUCGAGGAUUUCUAGACUUCACCUCGUGAAAUAUGAAAAAUCUCACCAUCUAUAAAAGUUUCUUGCAAGUGGAAAUAAAGUGAUCGUCAAGUCAUUGCUGCAAAAUUUUUUUUGUCAGUUAUACAUAUAAUGGAAUAAAAAAUGGCUAGACGAUUACUGAAGGUGCUCUCACCUAAACAAUGGUACAAACAACUUUAGCUCUAAUUAUAAUAAUCUUAUUGACGAAACUAGGGCAUAUUAGAAAUAGGACAAUGACUUCUAAAUGUAGCGUAACAACACAACGUUAUUGCUGAGAUAUAAAGGCCUCAAAAUUAUUAUGUUUCAAUCCGAAUUUGUUUAAUUUUCAAUAAGUUUAACUUCUUUGGUAGUUCGCCAGUGACUAAAAUUAUUUUUUUAAAAAAGUCUUUUGCAUAAUUUUCAAAAUUUCCAAACUUGAGAGAAUAUUCUAGAGAAACAGUCACAAACGAACUGCCUUAAAUUGUCCGUUUCGUCAACAACUUAUUAUCAGUAUUGAAUUCCUUGAAAUAUUUUCAAUUCAUGAUUUAAUAUUCAGGAUAUGAAAAGUUAUACACAAAAAAACUGGUCUUUUUAAUUUCCAAGGAAUCUACUUAAAUUGAAGGCCUAUUAAAAAAACUACGUCGUAAAAAUUUACGUCUGUACAGUGGCUGUCUGUAAAUAUGUUUUUUUUUAUUUCGACUCGCGAUAAGGGUAUUAUUCAUCUAAUUGUAAAACGCAAUGCAUAUUUAUAUAAAAUAGUAAAUAUUGUUUGUUUCCCUUUUGAGAAACAGACAAAAAAAAGGAGAAUUAUAUCUCGGGAUAGUUUUAUGUUCGAAGCAUUAUUCGAAUACGCCGAAAAACGGAUGAUAUAUAAUCGCGCAAAGAUAUUUCUCUCACGAGAAAAAAAUAGAGAGAAAAAAAAAUUUUACGAUAAACGAUAUAGUUAGAAUAGUAUUAUUCAUAGAGGCACUAUAUUGAUGGAGGAAACUCAACAAAAAAAAAUAGAGGACCUACGGAAACAAUGACGACAGACAAAAAAAGGUCUUGAUAUGUAAUUGUAAAAAAAUAAUAAUAUUAAUAUUAGCAAUAAGAUAUGUUCAUAUAGCGCAAAAAUCCAGGUUUCAUUUAAACUGUACAGUAAAACCUACAUUUUGUAUAAUAAAUCGUAUAAGUGUAGGUUUUAACCCUGUUUACAAGGGGGCCAAAAACGUAACACAAGGAGGCAUCCUUGUUUUUCGUAUUUCUCGAGAAUCAUUUUUAUUAGCAACGAAAAAUGUUGCAAAAACAUCGAAAAUCCUUCGAUUUUAUUAGUGAAUGUUUGGAAAUAGUUUGGAUUCACAUUGUUAAUAAAUCUUUAAAAAAAACGUCAUUCAUUGAAGAAAGAAAAAAAAAAUGUCGCGGCUGUUGAUUGAUUAUUGCAAUUGCGCCGAUAAAUGGUCUAUUAUGAUGUCAAUUUAACAGUUGACACGUAUCUUGAAAAUUAAAUCAAAAUAAGCAAAAUAACUACUUAAUGCAUCUCUGAAGAUAAAUCUCACUUUAAUCAAAGUCAUUCAUUUUUACGCACAGACAAUGAAUAACAAUGUCAUCAUUUUUAUAAAUUCGCAUUUAUUUUCGAGAGAUAUUUAUACAUUUUAAAAAUAGACAAUCAUUCAAACAAAAAAUAACAAUCUUUUAUGCAACUCAGGCGUAUUAAGGACCCAUUAUUUCCCCUAGGGCAGUAAUGGGUCCUAAUACGGCCGAGUUUGAGUUUAUUGACUCUUUGCAGGUAAAAAAAGUACUCAUUAUUACCCUAGGGCAAUAAUGCACUAUUAACCAUGUUUUAAAAAUCACAUAUUUUUUUUAAUUUGAACCAAAAAAUACUCGUGUUUGUGCGUGAAAAUGAGGCUUCUCGAGUAAAAGAAAGUAAUGUCGAAUGAAAUUGAUAUGAGAAUUGAAAUUUGAAUGAAAUGUGCCUAUUUAAAUAAUGUACUGCCAGAGUGGCACAGGCCACAACCCCUUGCUCGAGUGGUAGUUAUUAUAUUUAUAAUCGUUUGUGAUUAAAGGAAGAGAUAUACUUCAAGUGAUCCAUGUAGAUUAUACAAAUUUUAUAUAUAUAUUAAAAAAAACUUGUAUUUAUACUUUAAAAGCGCACAUGGAGAAAAAUAUUUUGUUUUUAUAAUAAAAUAUUUUAUUUGUCCGAAACUUUUUUUGUCGUAUCAACUUCAGUUUUAUUCAAUCAAAAUUUUACCACUGCAAUUGAAAUUAGAAAAAUAUUUGAAUAUAUUUUCGAAUUUUAAUUGAGUACAAUUUUUUUUUUGCUAAAAUUAAAAAAAGAGAAAAAGUUUUGAUAGACAAUUGUAAAAUAUUCUAUUGUCGAAAACAAAAAUAUUUUUAUCCGUGCAGACCUAUGGCGUACUAUGAAUUAGUUGCGGUCAAGUUUCUAUUCAUGUAACUUCUAUAACAUCAUUGAGAUUAGAUUUUAAUAAUACGUAUAUAUUAAAGGCAAUUAUUGUAUAUUAUUUGUACAUAUGAAAAAUAGAAUGAUAAUAUAAGAAAAAGUGGCAAAUACUAUUGGCCAGUUACAACAGUACAAA